UUAAAAAAAAUAAUGUCAAACAUCCACCGCUGCAAGUCAUUGUAAAUUUAAUUUUAUUUGUGUAAUUCAUCGAGAUCUAUUUAAUUACAAUACCAGUUCGGUUUGAAAUCUCAAUUCAUUAACCAUGGCUACAGUUCUAGCACCUGAAAUCCCUGCACCAGGUUUCUCUUUUGAGAAUUGCCAACGGAAUGCAUUUCUGGCUCAAAAAGGGUUCCCGGCUCCGAGGGCCACCAAAACUGGUACGACCAUCGUGGGCAUCAUCUACGCCGACGGUGUGAUCCUCGGCGCGGACACCAGGGCGACAGAGGGCCCGGUGGUGUCGGACAAGAACUGCGAGAAGAUCCACUACCUGGCGGCGAACAUGUACUGCUGCGGCGCGGGCACGGCGGCCGACACGGAGAUGACGACGCAGUCCGUGGCGUCGCAGCUGGAGCUGCAGCGGCUGCAUCUGGGCCGGGCCAUCCCCGUGGCCACCGCCUCCACCAUCCUGCAGCGCACGCUGUUCCGCUACCAGGGACACAUCGGCGCCGCGCUUGUGCUCGGCGGCGUCGACCGCACUGGACCCCACAUCUACUGUAUCUACCCUCAUGGGUCUGUGGACAAACUUCCCUAUGCUACUAUGGGUUCUGGAUCCCUGGCUGCUAUGGCAGUGUUUGAGGCUGGCUGGAAGGCAAACAUGUCUGAAGAAGAGGGCAAGAAGCUGGUCCGUGAUGCCAUCGCAGCUGGUAUCUUCAAUGACUUGGGGUCUGGUUCCAAUGUGGACAUCUGUGUGAUCCCCACUACCGGCCCUGCCAAGUACCUCAGAACUUAUGAAGAGGCCAAUGUUAAGGGCAAGAAACAAGGUAACUACAGAUACCCUAUCGGUACAACGGCAGUGCUCAGACAGCGAGUGAUUCCCCUGGAGGUGGAGUCAGUGACGGUGACCCCCACACAGCCCAUGGAAGUGGAACCCUCGUCCAGCCGCCGCUAGAACACUAUCUUAUAUACAGUAUGGUUUAAAUAAAUGUAAUGGUUUUCUAA